AUGAAUACGACAAGUCUUACCUUUCAGGCUACUGCUGCUGUUUUAGUGCCUCUAUGUCAAGUAAAUAAUAUCCCAUCUUUGUUGUAUACUGUAAGAUCGAUGCAGUUAAAGAGUCACAGCGGUCAAAUAUCUUUUCCCGGGGGGAAAACUGAUAAAGAUGAGACGCCGAUUGAUACUGCCUUAAGAGAAACCUACGAAGAAAUAGGCCUAUCACGGGAAAAGAUAGAAGUUUGGGGAUGUACACAGGCUUUACCAGCGCCUCUUGAAAGUUUAUGUGAUCCAAAAAACCAGUUUUACACCCAAUACAAAAAUGGCUAUAUAUUACCAGUUUUUGUGAUUAAUGAAUUUAAGAUUUGGGGAAUAACAGCAUAUAUUACACAUAUAGUACUGAGCUGUCUUCUUCCUCAGGAUAUUUACAAAAAUAAUUGGAUGCAGAACAAAAUUCCAAAAAAACUGACAAAUGAAAGUGCU